CAGGUGGGCUCCGCGGAGCGUUGGGGCGCGGCCGCGCUGGGAGGGAAGAAUGACAAUGACCCGGCACGGAUUGGGGACCCAGUCAGGCAGCCCAGAAAGAGGGAGAGUAUACAAACAGAUGUAAAGACCCACUAACAACAUGAGUGAACCUGUCUACGAGGCUGGGACAGGAUAUGAAGUGCGAAGACUCCAGUUGCAACCAAGUGGUGUGUCAGAAAACAAUGGCAUCUCAAUGUUGGUUUAUUUAUUUUCCACUGGCCCUAUGGGUGAAGAGAUCCUUGACCAUUACUCCCCCUGAAUAUGUUCCAGCUCACCCAGUGUUACACCACCAGAAAAAGAUAACUGUCUCCAGCAAGCCUUCUAGAAAAUUUCAUGGGAAUCUUUACCGUGUUGAAGGGAUAAUUCCAGAAACAUCAGCUAAACUAUCUGAUUUCCUGUACCAACCUGGAACCAGAGCCUCAUGGGAUAAAUCAUUGAAAGGGUACAAUGUGGUUCACAGGAUUGAUUCGGACACAUUCAUAUCUCAUACUGUUACACAGAGUUUUGCCAUGGGAUCAAUUUCACCCCGAGAUUUUAUCGACUUAGUACACAUCCAGCGCUACGAAGGGAAUAUGAACAUUAUCAGUUCUAAAAGUGUCAAUUUUCCAGAAUAUCCUCCAUCUCCAAAUUAUAUCCGUGGUUAUAAUCAUCCCUGUGGCUAUGUAUGUUCACCACUAAAAGAAAACCCAGCAUAUUCCAAACUGGUAAUGUUUGUCCAGACAGAAAUGAGAGGAAAAUUGUCCCCAUCAAUAAUUGAAAAAACCAUGCCCUCCAACUUAGUAAACUUUAUUCUCAAUGUGAAAGACGGAAUAACGGCAUACAAAACUCCAUCAGUGUGGGAAAGUCAAAAUGGUCAUUCAUCAGUCCAAAAGAAGAAAUGAGGCCGUUCUGUCAUGAAAUCAUGUGUAAUAGUUAUUGCAGUUUACGUCUAAGUCAACACACAUAAAUACCGUUGAACUAUUCUAGGCAGUAUUCCUGUACAACUUGCUGAAGAUACUUUGUGAAAAUAAGAACUCAUAGUUGUACAAGAAAACACCAUUAAAUAUAGUUUUUGAUC